AUGGCUCCAAUGACCACAAUGGCUUUUCCUGACUACGGACUUCGUUCCGACGACAUAAAGUAUUUCAAAAUGGAUACCAUCAUCAAGGGCCGUGGACCUGACCGUCUCAAAUAUCUCGACUUGGAAGGCAGAUGGGUUUUGAGUGGUAAGAGCAUUCCAUUUAUCAACAGCGCUUUCAAUCAUUUACAAACAUUGAACUCAGCCCGCGUUCCAUUUAGAGAAAUCAUUGACCAACCAUUGAACGCGAUUGGAAUGGUAGGAUGGACUCCUUCAUCUGAACCUGUAAAAGUUGAAAAGAAGACUGCACCACCCAAAUUUGUUGCUCCUCCACCAGUCAUUAUUGAUGAAGAGGUACCUCAAAGUCCUCGAGAAAUCAUGCCACAUCGCUCGGCUGGAUAUGGACCUGCUCACCAAAAAAGAAAACUGUCUAUCCCCGACCGUUCUCGCAGUGUUUCUCCAGUCAGCCCUGCUCGUGGAGGCGAAUCACCCAUUCCCGUCUUUGAUAAAUACGCCAAGUUUGAACGAAACCGCAAAGAAUCCAUUACACGUUAUGGUACCCGAUGGGGCACAGCUGCAGACUAUGGCUAUUCUUCAGCUUCUCCAUCCCCAACGCCAGGUGAUCGUCCACCACAUCGUACCCAGCCUCUGUCUCCCCGAAGUGUGUCGCAAAACGGAUACGACACCCUCUACGAGCCACCUUUUGAUCUCGGAGAUCGUUCUUACAAGGAUGAGCUGAGCAUCAGAACAAAGACAGAGAAUAAACUGGAUAUGCCAUAUCGCACCCAUGGUUAUGGAGAUUAUCACUCCAGAAGAAAAUACGACAUCAGUCCUCGUUCAACUGGAUCCACUGGAGACUACAGCGGAUCAGAACAAUCAUCUCCAGUUCCUGCAGAACGUUCGGCUGAUGAGAUAAUGCUCUUAGCUUAUCACUCUCGAGGAAACCUACCACGAAUGAACAAUUCGCGAGCAUAUUGA